AUGAAGAAGAAUCAGAAUUCCAACAACAUGUCAUUCAUUGAUGAAACUAGCAAUGUUACAAAGAAAGCAAAAGUGAAAAAGAGAAAUAAGGAAUUGAAAAUUAAACAAUCGAGAUUGAGAAAACCAUUACAAAAUGAUAAUUUAUUGAAAAAUUAUUUUGAAUUUGAUAAGCAACAAUUAACAGAAAGUGAUUUGACUAUUUACAAAAUUAUUAAUCCACCAAAUGCAUCAACCACCAUCAUUGAUAAUUCUAAUACUUCUAGUAGUAUUGAAAAUAAUACAACAUGUCCAAUAGAAACAUCAACAGUUGAUACAAUUAUUACAUGUCAGAAGGUUAAAUGCAAAACUAUGAAUAAUACUAAUAAUUUGAAUCAACAUGCAUCUAGUAAUAUUGAAUAUUCAUCAUCAUCACUAACAAUCAACUCAAUCAACAGCAGUAGUGGUGGAAGCAGUACUAGUGGAAGCAGCAGUAGUGCAUGCAGUGAUAAUACUUCAAAAGAAGAAGAAGAAGAAGCAGUAGAAUUUGAUGAUUGUGAAAGCUUUCUCAGUUCAAUUUCGUUUCUUUUUAAUUAA